AUGUCGUCGCAGCAAUUACCCGGCGGAACUGUCCAAGAUCUGCCACCCAAGGGCGGCUUCGCGCCCAUCCAGUACAAGCGAAACUUGCCGGCUCGUGGAUUCCGGCCCUCAUACUACCUCUUUGCAGUCGUUGGCCUAUGCACUUACGGUUUCUACAAGCUCUCGCUCGGUAUGGACGAGAAGCGCGAGCUGCAGCGUGAGCGAUUGUGGUCGCGCAUAUACCUCACUCCCAUGCUACAAGCCGAGGCAGACAGGGACAACUACAGGCGAAGAUUGGCUUCAGAAGCGCGCAGUGCAGACAUCAUGAAGAACAUCCCAGGAUUCGAUGCGGAAGCCAAGGUGUACCAUGGUAGACAUGUUGAACCAACAUUCGUUCUGACACCCUCCGCCAAGUAG